AUGGCUUCUGUCGGCAACAAUGCCUUUCCACAGUCGGAGCGGAACAUUUCGAUUGAUCCUCUCUCUCGGGAGGGGAAUGCGAACAGUGAUAACAUCGACUCGAACACUGCUGACCCGGAACUACUGGCUGGCGAAGUGCCCCAAGACGAUGCGCCAGAUACCAGCCUUUUCGAGGAGAGUGAGGUACCAACCUCGACGAAUUCACCGGCGAGCACACCCCGCGUAUCGAGCAAAAGACGGAAAAGAACCGUCGGCGGCAAAUCCAAGCGUGUCCGUACGGGCUGUCUGACAUGUCGCGAGCGCCAUCUGAAAUGCGACGAGACUUCGCAUCGGUGUCAGAAUUGUCGCAAAUCAGGGAGAAUAUGCAGGCGUGGCGUCCGUUUGAAUUUUAUUGAUACACAGACUGUGGCGCCUCCACACUGUGUCCCUCGUCCUCCCGGUGCAUCCGUCACUUUUCGGGAUGAGUCCAGAGUUAUUGCGUCGGAGUAUGUGGGUGGAGCCGAGAGAUAUCCCCCUCCGGGAAUGGACCCUCCUUUGGAAUUGGCUUUGCCGUCAGAAUAUCCCUCUCUGAUAAGUCCUCCGGUACCUCUGAGCAUGCCUUCGCUUUUUGGAAUCACUGAAACUUCGCUGCCUGACCAAAGCGGUAACUUCAAUGAUCAUGCGCUCUCAACGGAUUAUUCUGUCUUCCCUGAUCAGAGUGCUUCAUACGCUCCAUUCAAGUCCAGGAAGGUCGGAGCAACGGACUCGAAUGACCGUGUAUAUCUCAGCGACCCCGAAGACAUCUUGCUGUUGCGGGUCUUCGUCGAGGAGGUGGGGCUAUGGAUGGAUUCUAUGGAUGCAGUCAAGCAUUUCACCCAAAUCCUGCCAUUUCACGCAUUGGAGGAGCCUAUGCUUCUAAAGGCGUUUAUGGCAUGCGGCGCUCGACAUCUGUACCUGGUCAAUCCUGCAUACGGCGAAGAGAAGGCGACAUACUUUCAUGACAUAGCUUCCCGAGACCUGCUCCGCUCCUUGCAAGAUCCAGAACGUGACUCUGCACUGUGUGCUACAACCGCUAUCGUUCUCAACGUGUACGAAUUAAUGAGCUCCCGCUCGAUUCAUGAAAUGAAUCAUAUUGCAGGGGCAAGAGCACUCAUUAAGGAAUGUCAAUGGGAUGCAAGAUCGCCAGGCUUGGGCGGUGCCUGCUUCUGGCUCAACGUUGGCAUGGAGCUGCUCAUCUGUAUGCGCUACAAUUGGACCUUGGCCUGGGAUCCUGAUACUUGGGGUGUAAAGAUGACUAUGGACCCAGCGGAGCCCAGCAUCGCGGGCAACGAAGAAAUGUGGACCCAUCGUAUGGUUUAUAUCUGUGCCAAAGUCGCUAAUUUCCGAUCUUCUGUAUCUCACUCUCAGGCCUUGAAUAGUCCGCCAAGUAACUUCCACGAGGAGUGGAAUACAUACAACGAUUGGUGUGAUCAGUGGGCGAAAGCUGCACCACGAUCCAUGAUGCCUGUCGGCUAUCUUCAUCCGUGGCAAACCAGGUCUAAAUCACAAUUUCCUGAGAUCUGGUUGAUCAAACAAUCCGCGAUAGUCGCUCGAUUAUUUUACCAUGUCACACGGUUGAUGCUCGCCAGAAUUCGUCUCUCGCCAUCCGAAUUCAGCCCCGAAAUGCAGCACAUGCAGCUUCAUGCGCAUGAUAUCUGUGGCAUUGUGGCGCACGUCAAAGAUCGCGGCAUUGCUGGCUUGUCCAUCCAAUUUCUAGCUGUUGCGGCGGAGUGCUUGGUGACGAAGGAGGCUCAAGAAGAAGUGAUCGAGAUACUCGACAGGAUCGUCAAGGAGACCGGCUGGCGCGCUGAACAUAUCCGGAACGACCUUCAGCAAACCUGGGGUUGGCAAAUUCCUCAUCAACAAGAAGUUCUAUCUGUUUCCACCGAGACCAUCUCUCUACUCGAUGGUCACAACCCUUUGGCAUCCGAUACGGCCGACUUCCGAUGUUCACCUGGUGCCAUCAAUCCGAUCAUGGCCUAUGCCGAUUUCUCAAUGGAAAAUCACCCUUACCAGGAAUACUAUGUUGCGCCUCAUCAUCCUAUACAUGACUUUUCGUACAAUAUGUUCUGA